CCCUGCACCGCUUCCUGUUCCCCCACCUCGACCGCGCCUUCCCCGCGGUGAGUCUGAACCGGAGCCCGAGUGGGGCAACAGGCGUCGGAGCAUCGUCAACAGGAAGGAUAGCAUCUCCAGGAGAUUUCGCAGGUCGUCGCUGUACAGCCGGGACCGCAAGGUCUCCGAUCCGUCUCCGCCGGUGACAAUCAAGACGAGGAGGUUGCAUGUGCGCGAUUCAACGGUACGCGGCUCGUUCGUUCAGGGUUCGUCCGAGAGCAGGAGCACAGCCACAUACAGGGACAGAGAGGCAGAAUCGAGCCACUCGCACGAUAUGCCCGAAGUAGUGCGAGCCUCGGGCGCCGACGGCCCUUCCGAGGGGAGGAAGCGGGCGAAGAUGGCGCACCGGAAGAGUCUGAGUCAUGUCAGCCUGGGGAUCACGCCCUUGCCCAACCUCGUCUUCGGCCCCUCGCCCUCCCCGGUGGACAAUGUGAGCAUGGCGAGUACGCUCGUCGCUUACCCCGACUCGGACGAGUAUGGCGGGCCUUCACCUCAGCUGUUGCCGCCCCAUCCUCCUAUGCCUGUCCACUGCAGCAGCCACAGACAGUCGCACAAGCACUGGAGCUUACUCCUUUGCCGAAGAAGGACUCGCCGCUACCGCCCAUACGGAAAGACACGCGCCUCCCAACUCCGCCCAGGGACGAGCGGUCGAUGCGUGUGUCUCGGUCCCCUCCGUCUCCGGAGCCACCUCGCCAUCAUAUCCGCGAUGGCCAUCGCACACCGCCAGACACGGUAAGAAGCGCGUACUCGAGCUCUCUACCUCCCGAGAGUCUCCCGCCCUCACCUGAGGCGGACGCGCUGCUACUACGCUCUAUGCACUUUCACCCUGAUGAACAUGACUACGAGCAAUCGUCCCCGUCUCCGCCACUAUCGUCUAACCCGUUGCUUUCCCGGCCCACGUCCGCGUUCUCACCUAUACCGCCGCAGGUGGUCGUGCCUCUCAUCUCGCCAUCUCCCAUCCCGCCACAGUACCCCGCACCGACAAUAACGUUCCCGCCCGC